AUGAGUUUCAUCGGUUCAAGCAUCCUCUUGGCACUAGCCCUAGGUUUGGCCAACGCUGGUUACGAAUCUGGACAUCAAGACCUAGGGGGCCAUGAUUUAGGAGGCGGCCAUGAUCUCGGAGGCGGUCAUGAACUCGGAGGACACGAUUUAAGCGGUUAUGGGGGUGGUCACGGCGGCUGGCAACCACAUGUUCAAGAACAUCACCAACACAUACCAACUAACACUAUUGAGCAUACCCAAGCGGUUGCGGUACCUGUAGUUAAGAAAGUAGGAGUGCCAGUUCCACAUCCAGUAGGAGUACCAGUACCUCAGGUCGUAAAAGUUCCAGUACCUCAACCUUACGCUGUACAUGUGCCAGUACCACAGCCCAUUGCCGUACCAAUCUAUAAGCUAGUACCUCAAGAAAUCGAAAAGAAAGUACCAAUCACCGUAGAAAAGUUGGUCCCUGUCUACGUCGACAAACCAUACAAAAUUGAAAUCGAAAAGCAUCACCCAGUCUACGUAAACCAACCCUACCCAGUCCAUGUGCCAGUAUACAAACACGUUUUACACACAUCCAAACAUGGUGGCGGUGAAGAACAACAUGGAUGGCAUUAA